AUGCCUUCCAACAACCCCACCGGUUUCAACAUCAACGAGUUCAAGGCCGCCGCUUCGCCUCGGUCGGUUUACGCUAAGAGGGACCCCUGGGCCCGAUAUGAGGCAUGGAGAUACACCGGCCCCUUCAGCCGAAUGAACCGAUUCAAGAACAUCUUCCCCGGCUUCGGUAUCGCAACUGUCGCUUUCGCCGGCUACUGUGCCUACGAGCACUUCUUCCUGAAAGACGACCACCACCACGGCGAUGCUCACCAC